AUGGGUAAGUUCGACGACAACGAGAGGAUAAUCCUCAACGUUGGGGGAACCAGGCACGAGACGUACAAGAACACGCUGAGGACACUGCCGGGGACUCGGCUGGCCCUUCUUGCCUCCGAUUCUGACAUCGAGUCCGUUUUGGAUCAGCUGCAACAAGUCCCCGGCUUCAUAGAGUACAACACGCGGAACAACGAAUACUUUUUUGACCGCCACCCAGGGGUAUUCGCUUAUGUCCUUAACUACUAUCGAACCGGGAAACUCCAUUGCCCAGCAGAUGUUUGUGGUCCGCUGUUCGAGGAAGAGCUGUCCUUCUGGGGAAUCGAUGAGACGGACGUGGAGCCAUGCUGCUGGAUGACCUAUCGCCAACACAGGGACGCCGAGGAGGCGCUCGACGUGUUCGACAUAAACGUUGACAAUGGAGACGACGACGAAGAGACGGGGAAAAGACUCGGAAUUGAGGAAGUGGUUGAUCCUAAUAUCAGCCGCUGGAAAAAGUGGCGACCUGUGAUUUGGAAUCUAUUUGAGGAUCCCUAUUCUUCCAGAGCGGCAAGGGUAAGAGCGCGCGCUUGUUACAGAUGGAGCCCCGACUGGGACCCCACCCUUGCCACCGGUGUACAGGUUACAGCUGGACCCGCGACUGGGACCUCUGACUGGGAUCCCGCCCUGGCCACCUGCGGCCCCAGCUGCAUGGCCUUAUUGGCCAUCCGACCCCUGGCCCUUCUCCUCACCUUUGUCGCCGCAUUUGGAGUACACAGAUUGUACCCAAGCAUAUUUUUUUACGAAUAG